AUGGCCUCUUCUCACAGCCAGUCCUUCGGCCAGUCGCCGCCGCUUGCCUCGGUCGCAGGCCCUACCUACCUGACUGCCCAGACUCUUGUCCAGCAAGUUGCCUAUACUCUCUCGGACAAGAUCUUCUCCUACUCCCCCGAGACCUUCGACCUCGAUGUUGCCGCACGCGCGUGGGCCGAGGCGCAGGAGACGAACGCAAAUGGAUAUCGCACAGCGGUCCAGUCCAUGCAGAUACGCAACGGGGCAGGAUCAAUCGCCCUCGGUUACAUGUUCUCCAAAGACUUCGAUCUGAAGAAGAGACACAUCCCACAGGGCUUGAUUGCUCCGUCAUCCGCCUUGACCUUUCUAAGACCUGUCCUGGAUCAGCUCUCCCUCCUUUACUCUGUGAGCAACCCAUUUGUCGCCCACAUCGCAGCCUUGGAUUAUGAGGGCGACAACGACGGUGGCUUGGUGUCGGACUAUGCCACAGCUCUGUCAACAGCAGAAGAUCUGGGUUUUGGGUUGGUGGCCUCGCAAUCCGCUCACGAGGCGCAACACAUGUCGCUCCUCGCGACCCUCUUGGCACAAGACAUUCCGACUCUCCAUGUGUACGACGGUCAGAGAGUCGGCCGAGAGACCACACGAGUCAUCGACAUCCUCGACAAGUCUGGUCUCGCGGCUGCAUAUCGCGCGGUUCUGAGCGCCGUACCAGAAGAGGACCGAAAGCACAUGAGCCCUGAAGGCAGAGCCCUGAAGACCCUCAAGGCGCUGAAUGAAGAGCUCGGUACGGAUUACAAGGCAUUCGAAUACUCCGGCCACGAACAACCAGAAGUGGUUCUUGUUACCUUUGGCUCAGUCGAGUCGUCUUUGGCAUCUCAGGCAGCCGCUACUUUGGCCCAAUCCGGUAGCAGGGUUGGCGCCAUCAAUGUCAGGCUCUACCGACCUUUCGCCGAAGACAAGUUCCUGAAGCUAUUGCCUAGCAGCGUCAGAGUCGUGGGCGUCCUUGGACAAGUUGCAGAUGCUCAGGCUGUCCAAGAGGCUGGCUCGCGUUCACAGCUUUUCGAAGAUGUUUUGGCGUCCGUCUCCUACGGGAGUUCCGUUCAUAAUGCGCCCGAGGUCCGUGAGGUGAAGUAUGCUCGUGCUGAGCGUUGGACACCUUCCUCUAUUUCGGCUACUUUCCAGAGGCUGCUUGGCAAAUCCCCCGACGAUCAAGGUCUGACCACGUUCCUCGACGAAUCAGUACAGCAGUACACUUUCUGGAACGUCGAUGGUGCACCAUCCACAGCUGCGGCCUCUUUCCUGGCACAAGCUCUUGCUAAGGAUUCGGCUCAAAAUGUCACUAUCAACACCACUCAUGACAACCUCUUGCAGGGUGGAUCGCACAGGAUUGACAUCCGCAAAGGGUCGAUGACUGUCGAUGCCGCGUACCCUGUCGCUGCGGCGAACACUAUUGUGGUUUCUGAUGCUAAGCUCCUUGAGAAGCUCGACGUCCUGAAGUCUGUUCAAGGUGGCGGCAAUGUUAUUGUGCUUCUCCCAGGCGUCAAGGACGAAGACGUCGAGAAGAAACUUCCAAUAUCUUUUAAGAAGUCUGUCGCCGAGGAUGCCAUCAACUUGUACCUUAUCAAUACCGCAAACACUGGCCUCGACGCCGAAAACGCCGAACUUGAGACUCUGACAGUUCAAACCGCAUUCCUUCGCGUGGCUCUUGGCAAGUCGGAAGAGAUUGGUCUUCAGAAGCUUGCCUCAAUCACCGGUGAUGCAAAGAGUCUCCAGCAAGUUGCCACCGACCUGGACCACACUCUUCGCAAGAUCGAAGUGCCAAAAGAAUGGACUGAACUUGAGGUUGAGAGCAAGGAAAACCUUCCUACGGACAUCCAGUCAAACAGUUUCGCACCGUACGACAAGACUGAAGAAGAGCCUCCCUCUGUUCUUCGCAGCUGGCAGAAAGCAGCCAAGGGUCUCUUGUUCAAGGAAGCAUACCAGACCGCCAACACCUUGCGCCCGGAGCUGCCUACAAAGACAUUUACUGUACAUGUCAAGGAGAAUCGCCGUCUUACUCCUGUCACGUACGAGCGAAACAUUUUCCACAUCGAGUUCGACCUCGGCACUUCAGGCCUUAAGUACGACAUUGGAGAAGCACUCGGUGUUCACGCAGAAAACGAUCACGACCAAGUCAUGGAGUUCAUCCAGUGGUAUGGUCUCAACGCCGAAGACGUCGUCGAAGUCGCGUCCCGAGAUGACCCAUCGAUCUUUGAGAACAGGACCAUCUACCAGGCUCUGAUGCAGAAUGUCGACAUCUUCGGUCGUCCACCCAAGAAGUUCUACGAAGCACUUGCUGAAUUUGCGGACGAUGAGAAUGAGAAGAAGAACCUGCUCACUCUUGCGGGGCCGGAAGGUUUCAAGGAAUUCCAACGUCGCGCUGAAGUCGACACCGUGACAUUUGCCGAUGUACUCCUUGAGUUCCCGUCAGCACAUCCAUCGUUCCACGACAUUGUGCGCAUCGUCCAGCCGAUGAAGCGUCGUGAAUACUCGAUUGCGUCGUGCCAGGCCGUCACGCCCACGUCCGUCGCACUCAUGAUCGUCGUAGUCAACUGGGUCGACCCCAAGGGUCGGGACCGCUUUGGCCAGGCUACCAAGUACUUGAGCAAUCUCAAGGUCGGCUCUCCGGUGACCGUCAGCGUCAAGCCAUCCGUGAUGAAGCUGCCUCCGAAGUCGACGCAACCUAUUAUCAUGGCUGGUCUGGGUACAGGUCUUGCUCCAUUCAGAGCUUUCGUGCAACACCGCGCCAUGGAGAAGGCACAGGGCAAAGAGAUCGGGUCCGUCUUGCUGUACAUGGGAUCCCGCCACCAACGCGAGGAGUACUGCUAUGGUGAGGAGUGGGAGGCAUACCAGGCUGCCGGGGUGAUCACGCUACUUGGACGGGCGUUCUCUCGUGACCAGCCUCAGAAGAUCUAUAUCCAGGAUAGGAUGCGGGAGACAUUGGACGACAUCACUCAAGCUUACAUCAAGGAGGAAGGUGCUUUCUACCUCUGCGGUCCGACCUGGCCUGUUCCUGAUGUGACAAAUGUUCUGGAGGAGGCCAUCACGAAGAAUGCAAAGGCGGCUGGUGCGAAGAAGGUUGAUUCUGCCAGGGAGAUUAUGAAGUUGAAGGACGAAGGUAGAUAUGUUCUUGAAGUCUAUUAG